AUGUCGGCGGGGCUGCAGGAUGGGCCCGACGCCGCCGCCCGGCCUUCGGCGACAUCACCCUGGCGUGUCGGCCUCAUCCUUGUUCUGCUGCUGGUCUUCACCGCCCUCUUCUUCCGCUCGGUCCUCCCGCGCGUCCCACGCCUCUUUCUGCGUGGGCGCCUCCGCAUCAGCAGGAUCGGCAUCCGAGGCGUUCGAGGGAUCGAGUGGCGGUCCAAAGGCUUCUCGGGCGACGGCGACGCCUCCCAUGGCCAAGAGGAUGACCAGCUGCAGGUCAAGGUGCAGCGGAUAUACGCCGUCCUUCGGCGGCCACGGUGGAAGCGCCAGCCGGCCGACACAUCGACCGCAUCUCCCACUAUCUGCUCGAGAAGCCUGCUGACGAUCCACGUGCGCGGAGUCGGCAUCAGGCUUGCCCGCAGCAAGCACGACGAGGCCGCCUUCAAGCGCAGCGUCCAAAAGGCGCGCGACCGGGAGAUGGCGCUCAAGGCGGAAGAGGACCGGUUACGAAUGGAGGCAGACGAGCGCCUGGCGAGCUUAAUGAGCAGCUCGAGCGAGGCUUCCCCCCAUGUCGGAGCGGCAGCCGCGCCGUCCGACGAGUCUGACGCGUGCGCUCAGCGCAAGGCCUCCAUGCAAGCGACGACCAUUGCCUCUGAGCGUUCCUCGAUCCAUCGGGCCGGUGCCCUAUCGCUCCACACCGUCCUCCAGCUGGCCGCCUGGAUCCGGACGAGUGUCAUCCCGGCGGUCAGGGGCUUUGUGCUGCGCUUCGUCCGCGCCGCCGUCUUCAUCCUCACGUCCAGCCUUCCUUCGCUGACGUCGCUCGUCGACGUGCAGGUGCACCGCAUCGAGGUCUACGUGCAAGAGGCCGAGGCCGUGGCGCGGAUCGGUCGAGCCGGCAUCGAGUUCUCAAUGGCCGUCGUUUCUGCACGCGAUCAGCAGGCAAAGGGGGAGGGCAUCUCCGGCCCGGCGCCAGCAGCCGCCGUCCUCGAUCCGAAGCCGCCCUCGUGGUCUGAACUCUUCAGCGCUGCCGCCAGGAUGCCCAACCGGAUCGGCUCGGGAGCCCGCGGGGCGGCCUCGUACCUGAUGGGAGGCCUGCCGGACGGCAAGGCAUGCUUCAGGCUGAGGGUGGAAGGGGUGCAGCUGUUUGAAGCCGACCUCGACGCCGGAAGCGAGUGGCGCUCGACGCCGACCCGCGCGUCGCCCGCCACAGGCUACUCGCAUGCCAACGGUCGGACGGCCUCCUCGUCGUCCUCGGUCAUGGAGGCGUCCCGACCGGGCUCGCCCGCGCCACGAUCAAAGCGCCGGCACGUCUCCGGCCACAGCCGCAGCGGAUCGCUCACCCAGAUGGAUGCAAACGCGGACGCGGCGCAGGCAGGCUGGACCUCGUACGAUUGGCCGGACACCGGAUCGCCCCGUUCGCCCCGGUCCCUAUCGCCGGCGCCGAACCUGAAGCGGAGCAACAGCGUUUCCAUGCUGGGUGUCGUGUCGAGCAUGAGCCUCAACGGCUUCACAGAUCGUUGGGCGGACUGGGCGCUCGAGCCGCUCGCCGAUUCCGACUUUAGCUCCGACACGGGCUGGUUGCAAGGCGGGAGCGGCAGCGGCAGCAGCGCCAAAGGUGGCCCGAUGAGGCGGAGGGCCGCCAUACCAGAAACCUCACGCCUGCUUUCGCUGCCCGGCGUCAGCGAGCUCCAGAUCGGUCUGUUGCUCGGCACCAACUUCACCUUCCGGGCCAGGGAAAUGGUCGACCUCUCGGUCUCCAUGUGCGAGACGGUGGUGGGAGUCGAUUCCGUGCUCAGGGUGGCCUCGAUCCUCGAAAGCCGCAAGGCGCAGAGGACUGGCUGGGUCCCGACCGUCGACGGCGUAGAAGGGCACGAACGCUCCGUCGUCUCCAAGCACCUGGCCAAGCAGGACGAGGCCUUGCCGCGUGCUGUGCUGACCGCUCUGUCGUCCUUCGCCUUUUCGGUCCCCGCGGUCAGUUUGACUGCAUCGCCUGCGCCGCGGCUCAGCCGCACCGCUGCCAACGGGCGAGCCCCGCAGUUGCCCGCACGUCUGCUGUUCGAGGCGGAGCUGACCGGCUUCCACCUGUCGAUCGGCACAAGCAAUCCUGCCAACGACACGCACCAGCGAUGGCUGGGCGCCUGCGGCGUGCGUGAUCACAUCACCCUGCAUCGCGCAAAUGCACGGAAGGCAGCGUCCAGAGCUGGGCUGGGCCACCGACGCGGCCAGAGCUCCGAGGGUCGCGCAGAGCAGCCGCCGCCUCCCAGAUUCAAGCGGCGAACCUUGGUCGAGAACCGCAGGGCAUUUGUCCUCGACGUUGGACUUGCGAGUUUGGAGGUCCACUGCGGACUCAAAGACCAGCCGCUCGAGAGGCGGUCCGAGCUCGUCUUUGUCGGCGACCUCGCCGCGAGCGCCUUGUCCACCUGGACGCCGUUUGGCAUCUUGCCUUCUGCCCACCAUACACGGCGGAGUGCACCAGUCUCGUUCCCUGGCGACUUCAACGAAGAGACGGCGGUGGUCAGCGCGGGCGUCGGGCGCAUCAGCGGAGACGUCAGGCUGGAUCACCUCACCGAGCUGGUGCGGCUCAAGCAGUUCUACGCGGCGCAGCGUGCAGCUAUUCGGACCCGGAUGCACAUCGACAACCACCACCGCGAACCCUCGGAGAUCGAGCGGCUACGACGGGUGCCGAGACUUGUCGUCGGCGUAGAGGUCAACAGCGUCGAGUAUGUGGUCGACAUUGGCUCGCAAGGGCAAGGCGGCGAGCCCUCGAUUCGCCGGGAGCGGAAGCUGGCUUUCACGAUGCCCCACCUCAGCGCUAACUUUGCCGGCGACUACCACGAUCAGUAUGUCAAGAGGCCCGACGCCGAAAAGCGCGCUUCGUACAAGGCGCUCCGGAGGGACGAGCUCGAGUGGCCGCUCAAGGCGGGUCCGGCCGCGCGCUCCCUUGCCGAGAUCUUGACCGAGCAAGGCGAUCCGCCGCCUACCGAGGAGCCCGCCGAUCUGGCCGAGGACCUAGCCGACGGGGAGCCGUCGAGCAACGACGUGCCUCUGGCCAGAUUUAGUCCCGAUGCCGGCCCGGCGGCGGCAGAGGGCCUCAGCAUCGCCGACGCGCUGGAGCAGAUGAAGCAGCUGCAGGCCGCCGACGAGGAGCGGAGCCCGGCCCGACCCUCAGCAGCUUCGUCGAGGAGGACCACGGUCCGCGACGUCCACGCGAGGACUGGCAAGGUCCGCAUGCCCGGCUACACGCGGCGAUCGAGGAUGGCGGCCGAGACGCUAUACUCUCACAAGUACCAGUUCGAGGCCAGCGUCCAGGUCGAGGCGGUCGAGACGUACCUCACCCUGAGCGGCGGCAGCGCAUCGUCGCGGCGUGGCUUCUUGCAGCCGCUAUCGGGCUCCGAGUCUGUGGCGGGAGGCUACUCGCAGCAUCACCUCCUCGCCCUCCACACUUUGGAACUCUGCGGCGCCGGCGCUGUGCCCGGCAACGUGACGCGGUGCGGCGUGUUUGACGAGAUCGAGGUGCCCUGGAUCUCGGCCAAGGACGGCGUGGCCAACGUCCGCGGCAGCGUCGAGGACAUCGACGUCGAGAUGUGGCACCCUGCCGCCAUCAACGCGUAUCUACAGCUGUCCGAGAGGCUGGCGGAGGCCAGCACGCCCUUCGCAGCAAGUCUUUUCGACGAAGGAGGCAAGAACAAAGACCGCCAGAAUCAGUCAAGCCCCGCACGGGCGGAGCCACGGCCCGACACGGCGGAGGACAGGCCCAAACCUGAUGAUGCAUCGCCACAGCCGGAGAUGGCGACAGCGCUGGUCGACCGUCUGCCAAAAGGGCUGACUAUCUACCUGUCGAUCGGCUCCGCCAUUGCCCAUCUUGGCGGCAGCGACCCGCAGUGCGACCCGCAUCUCACGCGAGGCGUCGGUCUCGAGUCGAAGCGCAUAGUGGUCGAGUACAGCGCCGCCACCGAGACCAAGAACAACGCCUCGCACUACAGGGGCGGAUGGGGCGCCAGGGGGGCGCUCGAGCUUCCGCAAGACCUCCGCCUGCAGGCGAUUGCGCUGUCGAGUCGCCAUGGCAUGGCUGCUCUGGUCCGUGUCACAUUCUUCGAGACGGGGCUCUUCCCCGUCCUAGAUGCUGCGCAGGCCAUGAAGCAGCACAUGGAAGGUUUGGAAGACGGCGAAGCAGACGCGAGCAAAGAGUCUCUGCAUCGCAACGGCGUGCCGCAAGCAUCUGCUCGACCAGAGAGCCCGUCCUCUGCUACCAGCGACCUCGGCGACGCCGGGCCAGACGAUGGGUCCUCGGCCGUCUUUGCCGAAGGGGUUUGGGACUUUCGCGGUGCAGACGAGGGCCUCCGCCACACGAAGCGGAAGCGGCCAAAAUUCCGCCAGCAGGACCGCAGCAACUACAUCUUCUGGAUGCCCAUCUCUGCGUUCAAGGCAACCAUCCGACCGCCCGGCGAUGCUUCAUCGCCGAAGCCGGGCCAGCGAGCCGUCGAGGAGGUGACGAUCACGUCCGAGGACAGCCGGCUGGUGGCGCUCAGGGUCGACCUGCUGCACACCUACUGCCUCCUUCUGACGGCGUCCAUGCUCAAGGAUCUGGCCGCCCGUCGACGGCCGUUACGCCAGCAGACGGACGUGGAGCACGACGGGGCUGGACCGAGACGCAAGCCGCGAUCGUCUUCUUCGUCGCCGUCGGCCGGAACCCGCAUGGGCGUUCACCUCAACUUUGGCGACGUCCACAUCCACGUGGCCCUGCCGCGCAACGUCAAUCUGUUCCUCCGCCUCCGCCGAAUCGAGAUCAAGAAGAACCAGAUCGAUGGCCUCAGCGUGGCGCUCGAAUCGGUGCUGGCUGCUGUCGAGAGCCCGAAAUCGGCGAGGCAGGAUCUAUGGGAGACGGCGGUGCGCCUGCGCGACUUCAAGAUCCGGAUGCCCGCCGUAGCGCAAGGCGACAAGAGACGGAUCGAAGUCAACGGUGACAGCGCGGCCAUCCAGAUCCCUUUCGGCUACCAGGUCAACCAGAUCAUUGACAACGCCAGCGUCGCCUUCAAGGCCAGCAAGCAGCUCGUCCACCAGUUCCUGAGCGGGCGCACCGACUCGGUCAUCGUGCCUGUCGCCGAAGAGCCCAAGCGACUGCCGGACGUCUCGGUGCGCAUCCGGAUUUUUGUCAUCGCCGCCGAGGACGACCCGUUCGAGACGCGCCUCAACAUCAUCUGGCGAGCCGGGUGCGAUGAGAACCGGGCGCGCGAGGAGCGCGAGGCGGCCUUUCAGGUCAAGGCGACCGAGAUCCUGGCGGCGCAGGAGACGCGGAGCCUGGCCUCCUUCCACACGGACAGCGUCGAUUCGUUUGUUGGCACCACGUCGUCGGAAGGUGGCAGCCCGACCAGCAGCAAUGUCCACGGCCAGAGCGCCGAGGCCGCCGCCGAGAACAUCGAAAUGGCCCGCGAGGCGCUCGACGCCUACAACUCGUCUAGCUGGACGCGGCGUUGCCGCAACGCCAAGGCGGAGCAGGCGCGACGGCAGGACGCCGCCAUGAGGCGGAUCUCUGGACGGCUUCCGGCGCGCCUUGAAGACGACGUGCCGAUACGCAUCGUGCCCGCCUCGCGAUCCGCGCCCCUCUUCCGUUCGAGCAUGUCCGACGUCCUGAUCGAGCUCAGCGAGCCUCCGCACUUUGCCGGCGAGGCGCUGCGCGACUUCAUCCACGAGCAGGGCGGAGGCAUCCCCAGGGACACGCCCUUCUCGCUCCUGCUCCCAAUCCACGUGCGAUGGCGCAUGAAGGAGUGGCGGAUCAGCCUGCGCGACUACCCGAUGCCGAUGCUCCACGUCCCUCCGAUCAGCCACAAGCAACCGGACGGCCUAUACUCUUGGGACAUGGAGGCCGACCUCGUGGUCGCCGAGCAGCUCGGUGGUCCCGAGUCGAUCCGCCACGUGCCCGCCGUCGUCGUCCCCGCGGCGACGGGCCAUCCGGACGCCAUCGAGUACGGGAUCAUGGUGCCCAAGGUGGCCAUGCCCGUCAAGCUGUACGGCUCUCCGCGUGUCGGCAUCCACACGUCGUUCCCGACGCGGCUCGUGUGGGGCCAGAGCGUCCAGCCGGCCAUCCAGGACGUCGUCCGCGUCAUCGACGGCAUCACGUCGCCCCCGCACGACCCUUCGCCCAAGCUCGGCUUCUGGGACAAGAUCCCGCUGGUGAUGCACGGCGCCCUCUCGAUCGACUUCAAGGGCGAGGGCGACUUCAAUCUUCACCUCAAGGGCAGCCGCGAUCCGUACCAGAUCACGGGCCAAGCGGCGGGCUGGGUCAAGUGCUGGCGCGGCGGCGUCCAGAUCCGCCUCGGACACCUCAACGACGAGAAGGAGGUCUUCCAGAUCCUCAGCAACGAGUAUCUCUUGGCCAUCCCCGACCUGACCGACUACACCGACGCCGCGGCCACGGGCGUCACGCCCGAGGCGCGCCACUCGAGGAGCGACAGCCGCGACGACGCCGACCAGAAGUCGUACGACACGUCGCUGGGGUCGUCGAGCCGGCGCUACAUGAGGGACCCCACCUUCAGCAAGAUCGUCCUCAAGCUCACCAACGGCGUCAAGUGGGGUGCCGGCCUGCACCUCGAGCGCACGUGCGAUGAGCGCAGCUGUCGGCGCAACCCGAGGUGCGAGGGCGAGGCCUUCUACCGCGAGUGCCGCAUCUUUGACCGCGUGCCGCACUGGGAGGUCGUCACCAAGACAAAGGCGCACUUUGACAGCCUGCCCGAGCACGAGAGGAUCGACUCGUACCGCGGCUGGCGCUCCGACCACAUCCACUUCUCCCUCUCGGUCUUCUCGCCCGGCGACGGUCUGCCCGGGCACAGCGCCGCUCGCAGGGGCCACGGCGUCUCGAACAACUUCUACUUUACGCCGCUCGCUUGGGCCCACUUUUGGGCGUGGAUGCGCCUGUUCAGCAGCGCCAUGGGCUUGCCGAUCCGGCACGGCUCCCUCUUCCCGGACUCGGCGCCCCCUUCGCCCAAGUUCGGCCGCCACCUCGGCACCAUCAAGUAUCGGAUCGAUCUACAGCCCCUCUUCAUCACCCACCAGUACAUGCAGUUCAUCAAGUCGGACUGGGCGCGCGGCCUGCGGACCUUUCUGGGCAUCAAGGCGCGCCUCGGCCUCUUCCGGCUCGACCUGCACCAGCGGCAGCAGGAGACGGUCAAGGAGAAGCCCGAGCUGGGCGCGCCCAAGAUUGUCUUCCACAAGCCCUUCUACGAGGCCGAGGUCGACUGCACCGACAUCGACCUGCGGAUGCUGUGCGCUCAGUUCGACGAGCCCACGCAAAGGCUCUUGAUGGACGGCGCCGACGACUUUGAAGAGUCGCCGCUCGACGACAUCUUCGCCGGCCGUUGCAGCGUUUCGGAUUCGGACCUGGACUGGGUCGACCUCGACGACUUUGUCGAGCUCGAGACGGCCACGCUGAGCGAUCUCAAACCGAAGCUUAAGCUCUAUCCCGCGCUAACGUGUCCAUCGUUCAACUACUACCGCAAGAUCGACUCGCAGCGGGAGCGCAGGGCCAAGGAGGACGAGUUCCGCAGCAAGGGCGGGCGCCGCGAUCGUCGCAGUCGGCACGACAGUUCGGCCGCCUCCGAGGACCGCGACACCGAGGCGCUCAUGGCCAGCCUCGAGCGCAGCAAGUUCGGCGACGAGCACACUCACGCCUGUCUGGUCGGCAAGGGCCAGGAGCCGAUGCAGAUCCAGCACAAGCUUGCCGAGCAGAGGUUGGCCGUGAUCCGCUCGGAUAUCGCGAGGCUCAAGUCGAAGGACUCUGGCCGUGCGCCGUCGAUCACCACAACGUCCUCGGGUGGCGGCACCACCGCCGAAGACGAUCCGGCAGCACGGCUCGAGGAGUUGCAGAUGCGCGAACGCCUUGUCCUCAACUUCCUCGACCACCUCUGCAGGCUCCAGGCCGAGUCUUCCGGCAACGAUCAGCGGCGUCGCAACCCGCUCGAGGCCUUCACCCACGACGGCUUCGAGUCUGACGAGCUCGACCUCGCCUCCCUCUACCAGGACCUCGGCAACUUUGACAACCGCUACUUUGCCCACAACCCGACGCUCUUCUUUAGCAACGCCACGCGUAUGGUGCUGCUCAAGUACUACUACAGCUCGCGGCGGCGGCGAGGCUACUGUCACCACAUGACGGCGACCGCGGUCCGGUACAUCCGCGACCUCGUCAAAUCCAACAGCGACGGGCAGGGCGACGGAGACAGCUACGAUACUGACGGUGGAGGCGAUAUCGACGAUGGCGACGGCGACGGCGAGGGUGACGUCGACGUCAACGUGGGCGGCCGUUGCGGUUCGCGGAAGAAGGGAAGGCGAGGCCAACAGCGCAACCGAGCCACGUCCCACCUUCAUGGGCACCACCGAAGCGGCACGGUCGGGGCGGAAUCGAUCCCGACGGGCUCAGCGUCUGCGCUGCAUGAGAUGCUCCAGGAGGCGUUGCGCAACGCCGAGCUCGACGACGGCACUUCGAACGAAGGGCGCGGCUGCAUCGUCACCAAUCCGGGCGAUGGCAUCUCGGAAGAAUACACGGUCAAGUCGAGCAACGUCUGCCUGUUCCUCAAGCCGCAGAUCGUCCUCCGCAGCGACGUCGACGAUCGCUCGACAGUCGUCAUUACCGCGCUCCGGGCCCGCCUGCACAACUACACGGUGCUCGACGAGAGCUGCGCCGAAGACUCGGUCAACGCCAUUGUGCUGCGCAGGAACUUCUUUGCGCUCGACGGCCUCCAGUGUUUCCACCCGAGCCAGUCUUACCGCUUCCUCCAGAACGCCAGCGGCAGGUCCGGCUUUGUGUCGGUCCCGCUGGAAACGCUCAUCGACCUCAAGUACCAGACCAAGGACUUUGACCGCAUCGUGCCCCGCACCAACGCCCACGUCUUCUACGACAAGUUCAACAAGCUCCGCCUGUCCGACUCGACCCGGACCGUGGCGGCACUCGACGAAGACGGCGAGCCCAAGUACGACCACCUGUAUCACCGCAUGGACGUCAUCCGCCUGCGCUGCCCGAGGUUUACCGUUUCGGCCAACCGCGACCAUUUUGCGGCGCUGUACAACGUGGUCACGGACCUGAUCCUCUACCGCGACCCGGUCCACCGCGACCAUGCCAAGCGCCUCGAGGAGAUCAUGUUCAGCCACGACUUUACCGAGGUGUCGGGCCUCUCGGAGGUCGUCUCGGCGCUCCAGGAUCGCAUCCGCGACACGAAUGACCUGGCGCGGCAGUACUACGAGAACCUCGACCGUCUGACCGAGCAGGGCCGCCUCGACCUAUACGCCCUCGCCGGCGAGAUGGUGGAUCUGCUCGACGAACUAAACCUCAUCAUGGAGGCCAUCACCGAGGCGCAGGACAGCAAGGGCGGGGCCGAUCGCGAAAAGAAGUCGGCGCUGCGGUUCGACGCCUGCGCCAAGGACCUCUCGUGGAACAUGAUGGGCGACGACGACGGCCAGAUGCUCGCCAAGCUGGCGCUUCGCGGCAUCAGCUUCGCCUGGCUCAACAAGGCCGACAACUCGGCGUCCAACACGCUGUCGCUGCAGGACCUCCAGGCCCUCAGCGUCCGGCCCGAUGCCGUCUUUGCCGAGAUCAUCACAAAGUACCACCGGGCGCCCAACCAUCCGAUGGCCAAGGCGGGCCGCUUCCUCGACGCCAUGUGGUCGGUGCUGCCGCCCGUGGGGGGCAUUUCGAUCAUCGACUACUUUGAGCUCAAGCAGCACCCGGUCCGGAUCCAGGUCGAGAUGCGCGUCGGCCGCCAGAUCCAGGACUACAUCUUUGGCUCGCAGAAGCAGCGCAAGGAGGAAGAGGACCGACAGAAGCGGAUCGAGUCAGAGGAGCGGAAGCGCUCGGAGCAGUCGGCGGCCAAGAGCAAAAAGUCGCCGCUGGCCCGGCUGCUCCUGGGCCACUCGAAGAAGUCGAGCCAGAAGGAGGAGCCCCGCUCCCAAGCGUCGUCGGUGCCGGCGAGCGCGUCCGCCUCGACCAGCGACCUGGCCUCGCUCGAUCGCGAGUCGCUCGACAGCAUGGACACCCUCGGCGCCGAGGACGACGAUGACUUCGACUCCCGGAGCCACCAUUCGGGCGGCAGGCGGUCGGCGAUCAACCAGCAGACGAAUUCGAGCGUCAUGAGCAAGGACAGCUCGCGCUCGCGUCCCUCGACGCCGGCGACCAAGGCCUCGCACGGCUCCGACGACGAGGACGGCGCCGGCGAUCAGAUCGCCAUCGCCCGCCGCAACGCCGCCGAGAUGCGGAGCCGAGCGGCGGCGUACCGCACCUUUGUCGACGUCACCUUCAAGGAGACGGUCAUCUGCCUCUCGUACAAGGGCGAGAAGCAGAAGUCCAUCACCGACCUCUACGACGUCGUCUUCCAGGCGCCCCGGUUCGGCGUGCACAACCGCACCUUUGGCUACAUUGACCUGGCCGAGGCCUUCAAGAAGGAGGUGUUCAAGGCGGCGUGGGCGCAGAAGACGACGCUGCUAAAGGGCGUGCUGACGCACAAGCCGCAGCGGCGCAAGGCGGCCAUCGAGCACAUCAAGGCCAUCCGGCACGGCAAGAGCAAGGACGUGCUGUCGCCGUUUGAGAUCCAGGUGCAGCCGCCGGCGCCGGACGGAUCGAGCCUCUCGACGGCGUCGUCGCUCGGCCUGACGAGCUCGCCGGCCGAGGUCGAGUACGCCUCCGACGACCAGCGCGACUCCGAUAGCGAGCGGGCCAGCUUCGACGAUCCGCCUCCCGUCAGCAUCGUGACGACCUCGGCCGACGGCGACCCCUCUUACGGCCGUAGAGACCAUGGCGAGCACGACGACUACGGCGGCGGGGGCGGCCAUGACAGCAACGACGACCGCGACGACGAGAACCAUCGCCGACGCCCCGGCGGCGAGCUUGGCGGCGGCGACGACAUCACGCCGCGCCCGACGCGGACCAUGUCGUCGAUGCUAUCUCCGCCAUCGUCAAUCCGGCACGGCUUCGGCGGCAGCCCGUCGUCGUCGUCGAGCCAGCAGCACGGCGGCACCAGCCCGGCGUUCAAGCUGGGCAAGUUUCUCAGCCGUAACUUUCGGCAUCGCGCCGAGUCGGCGUCGGGCAGCAUCUCGUCGAGCCGCACCGUGUCCAUGUCGCGCAACGGCUCGGCGCACACGGGCGAGGGGAGCCUGUCGCCCUCGUCGAGCAGCGGCAGCCACCACUCUGGCGAGCGGCUGCAGCGCCGCACCUCGGACCUCGGCAGCGAUAGCGGCGAGAGCGCACGCCGUCUCGCCCCCCCGCCGCUCGUCGAGGCCAUGCACUGGGGCUCGGUUAGGACCCAGCGCGCCGGGUCGGUCGAUGCGGCCAACCUCAUCGAUCGGUCCGGGCCCAGUGGCGGCAGCGGCGGCGGCGGCGGCACGUUGAGAGGUCUCCUCCCGCGAAGGAGCAGCACCAACACCGUCGAGCCCGAGUCGUCCAGCCCGUCGUUGCGCCAUGCCGACGGCGACGCCACCGUGCGCGACCGCAAGAGGUCGCUCUUCGACAACCCCUUCGGUUCGGGCCAGCCGCACUGA